UUACGUUUCCCAAGGCGACUUCCGCUUCCGGGCUAUCCUUUGCCGGAAGUAGUGUAGGGGUGACGCAAAAGUGUCGCGCAAUGGUAAAUCCGGAAGAAACAAGAGUGCGGCGUGAUCAUGGGGAAGCAAAAGAAAACAAGGAAAUAUGCGACCAUGAAGCGAAUGCUUAGUCUGAGAGAUCAGAGGCUUAAAGAAAAGGAUAGGUUAAAACCUAAAAAGAAAGAAAAGAAAGAUCCUAGUGCACUCAAGGAGAGAGAAGUUCCCCAAUACUCUUCCUGCUUAUUCUUCCAAUAUAACACACAGCUGGGCCCACCUUACCACAUCCUGGUUGAUACCAACUUUAUCAACUUCUCCAUCAAGGCUAAAUUGGACUUAGUGCAGUCAAUGAUGGACUGUCUCUAUGCCAAGUGUAUACCCUGUAUAACUGACUGUGUGAUGGCUGAAAUUGAGAAAUUGGGGCAGAAGUAUCGAGUGGCUCUAAGGAUCGCCAAGGAUCCAAGAUUUGAACGAUUACCGUGCACGCACAAAGGAACCUAUGCAGACGACUGCUUAGUCCAGAGAGUGACUCAGCACAAGUGUUACAUUGUGGCCACAGUUGACCGGGACCUUAAACGAAGAAUCAGGAAGAUCCCUGGAGUUCCCAUCAUGUACAUUUCUAAUCAUAGGUACAACAUUGAGCGGAUGCCAGAUGAUUAUGGAGCCCCUCGGUUCUAAUGCUGAACGGAUGGAGUUCCUCUGCUUUCCUUCAACUAACUUUCUCUGUUGCCAGUUUGUUAAACGUGCUACAGAACGCCUUGUUAUUGCUCCUCCACUCACCCACUUGCUCUGUUACGUGCUAAGUGUGAUUAAAUACACUCACUUUUUCAUGUUGCUUUAAAAAUGGUAUUUUCUAUCAUUUUAAUAUUUGUUACAUCUUUUUAUAAAUCUGAUGAUUGCUCACAGCUUUGAUGGUUGUUAUUUUAUAUUGAUCUACUCAACAAAUAUUUAUUAAGGUUAUACUUGGUACAUGAUAAGAUACAAUCCUGUCCUCAAGAUACUCAUAUUACAGUGGGAAAGAGAACCAUGUAGAUGAAUAAAUGCAGUAAAAUACCGGUGCUAAGGUACAAGUAUGAGGGAAUAGACACAUGAGAGGAAAGAAUGAUUUCUUUCUACUCAGUUGGGAUAGGGAGGGAGGAAAGGCUCGAGGUGUGAUGUUUGAAUUAAUAAAUAAAUAGAAAUAAUAGAAAUAAACAGAAAUAAAAUAAAUAGAAAUAAACAGGUGCUUGCCCAGUAAAUGAUGUGAAAAAAAUGAGGCACAGGAGACAUGAACAAAAGCACGGACUCAGAUGUUACAUGGAAUGAGUGUGUUUUGCUGUGCAGGCAACUGCCGGAAGAUUUUUAUAACUAGAACACAGUGGGGAGUUGUCUGUGCCCGCAUCUGAGACUCCAGAGGUGUGAGGAGGGGGUACAGGCGACUUACGUCACUUGCUAACAGGUUUGGACUUGAUCUUGAGGUCAAUGGGGAGUUAUUAAAAUUUUAAUUAGGGCACAUAACAUGAUCAGAAUAGCUGUUUUAAGUGAUCACAAGGUAGUGUAGGAAUGGACAAAUCACUGAAACAAUAGAGAGUCCAUAAAUCCCUGUAUAUUUUUGUCAGUUUGAUGUAUUUUAAAGGUUGUAUUUCAAACCCACAGAAAAAGAAGAUUGUAUGAGAAGGCCAAAUAGUGUGGAGUCAUUCUACCAGGGUUAGAAUCCUGAUUUUACCAGUUAAAAUCUAUAGAAAUUGGGCAAACUAUAUAACCAUUUGGUGCCUUCCUUGCUACCUCUUAAAAAUAUUUUGAAAAA